AUGGCCGAGGAGCUCUGGAGGCAUUCCGACCCCGCGUCGACGGCGAUGUGGCGGUUCAUCCAGAAUGUCAAUGUGAAGCACAAUCUGAACAUUUCAGAUUACAAGGGGCUUUAUAGGUGGUCAAUCGAUAACGUGGCACUCUUUUGGGAAGAAUGCUGGAAUUUUGUUGGCAUUAAGGGCGAGGUUGACGGUAAACUCAAAGCUUUCCCAGAGGAUGCUCCUAUGUUUCCUCGCCCCGAUUUCUUCUCAAAUUCUCGCCUCAACUUUGCUGAGAACCUGCUAUUCCCGCCCCUGGAAACGCCUCUGGACCCUUCUUCUCCGGCCACCAUCACUCUCACAGAGCUUCCUGGCUCUCUCCGUGAGACAAGCUGGUCAGAGCUUCGGGAGGCUGUGCGCCGUUGCGCCAACGCACUGCGCCAAUCACCCGUGAACCUGAAGGCUGGUGACAUCGUUGCGGGAUAUGUCUCCAACCAUGUGGAAGCUCUGGUUGCCAUGCUCGCCGCGGCGUCGGUUGGAGCUAUCUGGACAGGAAUAAGUCCCGAUAAUGGUGUUUCUGCCGUCUUGGAUAGAUUAGGGCAAAUUGGACCAAAGGUGCUUUUCGCUGAUAACGGAACUGUCUACAAUGGCAAGGAGUGGGCGAGUACGUCCAAGACCCUCGAGAUCGUGAAGGAGCUUCAACAAAACGCCAAGACCUUAAAAUCUGUCGUCGUCAUUAACAACAUCAAUGCUGACCUUGGCCUUGAGGGUCUCUCGGCGCUCGGUGUUGUUUCCGUUGACUACGAUUCGUUUCUUGCGUCUUCGCCUGCCGACAAACCACUUACGUUCGAGCAACUACCUCCCUCUCACCCCCUUUACAUCCUCUACUCGAGCGGCACAACGGGUCUACCCAAGGCCAUCGUGCACACAGCGCUGGGAACCUUGAUCCAGCACAAAAAGGAGCACAUUCUUCACUGUUCACUCACGCAGACUUCCCGCAUGCUGUACUACACCACAACGUCAUGGAUGAUGUGGCACUGGAGUAUCGGCGCAUUGGCCGCGGGCACCACCCUCGUCCUCUACUCUGGCUCUCCCUUCCGGCCGCAUUCUCACAUGUCGCUGCUCCGCAUCCUUUCCGAACUCAAGGUCACCCACUUUGGUACUUCUGCUGCGUACCUCACGGCACUGGAAGCGAACAAUGUAUUGCCCCUUAAAGAGCCUGGCAUCGACCUCUCCAGCCUGGAAGCAAUCUACUCCACAGCUUCCCCUCUGCCCCCUUCGACCUUCAAGUUUGUCUACGAGGCGUUUCCCAAGAACAUCAACCUAGGAUCUAUUACAGGCGGCACAGACAUCAUUUCUCUCUUCGGCGCCCCCUGCCCACUCCUCCCCGUCCGCGUCGGGGAGAUCCAAUGCGCCGGGCUGGGCAUGGCCAUCCGUGUGGUGGACUCGAUCACAGGGGAGGAGGUCCCAGCCGGAGAAGCUGGAGAUCUGGUCUGCGUACGGCCAUUCCCAUGCCAGCCGCUGACGUUCUUCGGACCCAACGGCGACGCCAAGUAUAGGGCGGCCUACUUUGAGCGGUUCCAGGACAUCUGCGGCGCAAGGGGCCCCGUGUGGCACCACGGCGACUUCGUCAAGAUCCCCGACCCGGACACGGGCAGCCUGCUCAUGCUGGGCAGGUCGGACGGGGUGCUGAAGCCGUCCGGCGUCCGCUUCGGGUCUGCGGAGAUCUACAAUAUCCUGACCAGGUUCUUCGCCGCCGAGGUCGAGGAGGCAGUCUGCGUGGGUCGUCGCAGAUCGACCGACACGGACGAGACGGUUUGUUUGUUUUUAGUGAUGACCGCGGGGACUGCCUUUUCCGAGAAGAUCAAGGUGGACAUCAGGGCCAAGAUCAAGACGGAGCUGAGCCCCCGCCACGUGCCCGGCGUUGUGGAAGAGUGCGGGAGUGGAAUCCCAAAGACUGGGAAUGGAAAGAAGAUUGAAGUUGCCGUUAAGCAGAUAAUAUCGGGCCUGGAUGUCAAGACCAAUGCCAGCGUUGCCAACCCCGAGGCCUUGGAAUGGUUCAAAGACUGGGCGGGGAAACAAUGA